AUGACUGCUGCCACGCCGGACACAAGCCCGGAAAUACAUCCGGCGACAGCCAGCCACCAGCCUCGAGUGAAGCAGCUGGUACCUCAAGUUUACAUGCGCUUCAUCCCCCACUACCCACUGAAGAAGAAGUGGCCCAAAAGAGUGGAAGAGUCCAUGGCCUCGUCCAUCAUGGCGAACGGCCGGAGGAAGACCGAUGCUGCACUCACCAUCACUGUGACCGUGCAGCUCAUGCAGUUGUUGGCCCUUGUUUCCUUGUACAAACCGCUCAUCGCCUCGCACACCUGCACACAAACACCACACGUCAACAACAACAACAACAACAACAACAACAACAACAACAACAACAACAACAACAACAACAACAACAAUAACAACAACAGCAGCAACAACAACAAUAAGAUUCGCCUCGGGCGAGAGGCCAGUCACCGGGUUCCAACUGUUGGAAUAUAG